AUGUCCUACGAACGUGUGCCGCUUGAACGCUUCGCCGAGGUCUUCUCUUCCUAUACAGAGCUUUCAAGCGUCGCCACCGGAGCGAGUAUCGUCUCCUUCUCCGACGAAUUCUUCGCUGAAGCCUUCCAUCUGCUCCUUGUUGAGCCCGCGCCUAGCUUGAAAGGUCAGUUCGGGCCCAAGGGCGCGCUGUACAGCGGUUGGGAGACUCGGCGCCACAACCCCGCGUAUGAUUGGGUCAUCAUCAAACUUGGUACCACUGGGACUAUCUCAGGCUUCGACAUCGAUACAACCCACUUCAACGGCAAUGAGGCGCCACAAGUGUCCGUUCAGGCCCUCAAUGCGCCACAGGGUGAAGCUGCACCUGAUGCUAACGACUCGAGGUGGGCAGAGAUCCUGCCCAAAGUCGAUCUCGGCCCGAGCUCCCGCCAUCUAUUCACCGUACCCACCACCUCAGCCACGAACUAUGUGAAAUUGAACAUGUAUCCUGAUGGGGGCAUCGCUCGUUUCCGAGUGUACGGCGACGUUGUCGCAAUCCAGCCUGCAGACGAACAUGAGGUCUUCGACUCUGCGCACGUCUACGCUGGUGGACGGGUCACCUUCACCUCGGACCAGCACUUCGGUGUAGGGGCAAACAUCAUUCUUCCUGGUCGUGGGAAGGACAUGGGCGAUGGGUGGGAGACGAAGCGUAGUCGCCAGCCGAAUCACAAGGACUGGACGAUCAUUAAGCUUGGCGCUCCGACGCAUAUAUCUCAUAUCUGCAUCGAUACAGCCCACUUCAAGGGCAACUUCCCGCAGUACUGCGACGUGCAUGCGAUAACCUCGACGUCUUCCAUACCACCACACUCUGUGUCUCAUGCACCUCCACCCACUUGCAGCCCUGCUUCCGAGGCACAAGCAGCCGUAUCCGAAAACGAUGAAUGGCAACUCAUCCUUCCGCAUGCAAACCUCGGCCCGCACCGCGAACACUUCUUCCAGGUCGAGAGUGCGGAGAGCAAAGCUUUCACGCAUGUGCGCCUGACCAUCUAUCCCGAUGGUGGCGUCAAGCGUGUUCGUGUCUUCGGCAGCAAGGCGCCUACGCCCAGUGCCGGCCUACCACCAGCCGCAACUUCCACGGCUUCGGACGCUUCUGCCGCAGGGGCAUCCGCUUCGAAACCUCUCCGCACCAUACCCGCUUUGCCGCUUAGCCCUGAGGCGUUUGCGCCUUUCGGUCAGGUUAUACAAUCGUACCCGGAUGUGAACGCCGUGCCUAACCCUCGCGGGAGCAAGAUUACGCCCGCGAACUUUGGUACUGCGCUGAAGUACCAUAAGCAGACGAUACUCAAGGGCAGCUAUCCGCCUGAGCUCGGCGCAACACCGGGCAUCUCCGUGUAUCGUUGCGAGCCGACGCCAAAUGCGCAAGAGGUUGAAGUCAAGGCACUCGAGCGUCAUCCGUACACCAAUCAGGCUUUCGUGCCGAUGGGCGCGGAUGCGAGCAAGAGGUAUAUUGUCGCUGUAGGCAAGAAUGGCGCAGACGACAAGCCCGAUGUGAGGACCCUACGCGCGUUUAUCGUUCGCGGCGACCAGGGUGUCGUAUAUGACACCGCGGUGUGGCACUUGCCGAUGACUGUCCUCGACGGCCCGAUGGACCUUGCGUGUGUUGAAACGCAGAUUGGGAACGGCGAUGCGGCAGAUUGCGUGAUCGUGAUGCUGGAGGAGGCGGACCGUGUUCACGUCAAAGUUCAGUAG